CCAUCAAGUGCAGCAGCGACGACGGAGCACCUUCAACUCCGCUCGGAACGCUGACAUUUCGAACUCGCCCAUAAACGCGCCAUGACCGACAACGUCAAGAGCGAAGCCCAAAAGAAGCGUCGAAGUGAGGCCGACUGGGCCGACAGCGAGGCCCAAAAGAAGCACCAAAGUGAGGCGGAGUCGGUCAGCGAGGCUCCCUUUUGCUUCGGAGACGAACUGGAGCUGAACAGGUUCGACGGUUUACCUUUCUCGUCGCGGUACUACAAGCUGCUGGCCGAGAGGAGGACGCUGCCCAUGUGGACUUUCCGGCGACGUUUCGACGACGCGCUCGUCCACGCGCAGCUGCUGGUCGUGUGCGCGCACGCCGACGUCGGCAGGAGCACGCAGAUCCCUCAGUGGUGCGCAGAGUUGUGCCUGUCGGCUCGCUACCGCCACGGCACGGUGGUGUGCACGCAGGCUGGUGGGCAGCGGGCCGUGGACUUGACCUUGCGCGUGGCCGACGAAAUGGACGUGAACGUGGGCCACGAGGUGGGCUACAGCGUCGGGCGGGAGACCUGCUGCUGCGCCGAUACUGUUCUCAGGUACUGCACUGAUGACAUCUUGCUCAGAGAGAUGAUGUCCGACCCUUUUCUGGAGCAGUACGGCGUGAUCGUCAUCGACCAGGCCCACCAGAGGACGGUGAGUACUGACCUCCUGCUGGGCCUCCUGAAGGACAUCCUGGUGCACAGGCCCGAGCUCCGGGUGGUGGUCCUCACCGCCCCGCCCCUGACAGACGAGCUUCGGAGUCACUUCCGAGGAGCCCCGAUCAUCAGCCUGGAGUCGCCUUCGUCGAGUCUUCCCGAGGUGGUGCACAGCGGGGCCGGAAAAGAUUACUUCUACUCUGCUCUGAGGCUGGUUCUAGAGAUCCACCGCACCAAAGAGGACGGGGACGUCGUCGUGUUUUUGGCAUCGGAGGAGGAGGUGCACUGCGCCCACAGCAUCCUGCAGAAAGAAGGAUCCAGACUAGGAGCACACCUGGGCCGGAUGGUUCCCGUGGUCCUCGGUCCCAGCCGGGGAGGACUCGGGCGACCGCCGGAUGAGCGAGGAAUCUGUGGAAAAUCCCGUAGAGCUUUUCUUACCACCGAACACGGGGAGGACCUGUGGUGGGCCAUGGAGUCCGUCAACUUUGUCAUUGACUGCGGAGUCCAGAAGAAAAUGGUCUACAAUCCGAGAAUAAGAGCCAAUUCCGAGGUGCUCCAGUCCAUCAGUCAAUGCCAAGCUGAACUACGCAGGAAGCUGUGCGGACCAGCAGGUAAAUGUUUCUGUUUAUACGCGGACGACGGCCAACUUCCUGCGCGGAGAUCCCCUCGGAUCCUGGAGUCCAACAUCACGGCCACCGUUCUCUUCCUGAAGAGGAUGGCGAUCGGAGGUUUGGGCCAGUGCGAGUUCAUCGACCGACCCGAUCCCGCGGGUCUCAUGCAGGCCCUGGAGGAGUUGGACUACCUCGCCGCUCUGGACGACGACGGCAACCUCUCCGAGAUCGGCGUCGUCAUGUCCGAGAUUCCCCUGGAACCUCAGCUGGCCAAAGCGCUGCUGGCGUCCUGCGAGUUCGACUGCGUCAGCGAGAUGCUGACCGUCGCGGCGAUGCUUUCGGCUCCUAACUGCUUCACGGAGCCUCUGUCCGGAAUGACUCACGAGGCCUCGCAGUGUCACAGGAACUUCCAGCACCACGAAGGCGAUCACUUCACCCUCAUUAACGUCUACAGCGCCUUCAAGAGAAGCCAGAAGGAUCCGCACUUCAGUGUGGAAAUGUGGUGCAGAGACCAUUUCCUGGACCAUUCAGCCCUCCAGACGGCCGAGAGCAUCAGGGCGGAACUGACCGACACGCUGAACCGGAUCGAGCUGCCCGUCUCUGAGCCGGCGUUCGGCACCAGUAGCAACGCGGCCGACCUGAAGCGAGCCCUGCUGGCGGGCUUCUUCAUGCAGAUCGCUCGGGACGUGGAUGGCUCUGGAAAUUACCUGAUCCUCGCGCACAAGCACGUGGCCCAGGUCCCCCCGCAGUCCGGCUACGGACCGCGCGCCGGCAAGCUGGGGCUGCCCGAGUGGGUACUGUUCCACGACUACAAGCUGGCCGAAAACAACUUCAUGAGGAUCGUCACCCAGAUUUCACCGCAAGUCUUUAUUCAAACGGUUCCGCUCUACUUCUUCUACAACCUGCCCCGCAGCGAGAGCAAAGACAUCCUGCAGCACAUGCUGGACCCGCACGCCAGCGCCGACACUUGUAAGGACGACAGACACAAAGCCAGCAGCCACGCUGACGAUAGCAACAGCAGCGCUGUGCAGUCUACGGAUCGCUGUGCCAUCCAAUGAGGUGGUCAUCAUUCAACAACUGUUUCACAAAAUGGUACAAAAAGCGGCCAGAAAACUGAACCGACUUAAUGACAACAGUGUAAUCUUUUGAUAGGUCUAUCAUUCAAUAUUGUGGUACUGUUUAUUUGGGGGGGGGGGGGAAUUAUUAAAUGACAGUUUCACAGAGUGGUCAGAUAAAAUGAAAGUAAAGAAAUUACUUUUUUUUUUUUAAAUAUAUAUAUAAAAAAGAGCAACAGGAUGGUUUGAACUGAUAGGUGUCCUACAGUGUCUUUCAUUCUCACAAGUCAGUCCAGUAACGUUUCGCUUUUCUACAACCUGCGUGACAUCCUCUCAAGAAUUAUUUUUUUCUUAAAAAAAAUAAAUAAAUAAAAAUACAAAAUUGUAAACAGAAAUCGUAAUUCAAGCAAUUCUUCAAUCAUAAAUUUCCCGAGUCGUGCUAUUGUGGUUAAUGCUAACUAGCAUUAACGCCUCUGAGUGAGCUAGUUUUCCUUGAAAAGACAAAUAGCAAAUGUUACUCGUUGCUUUAGUUUGCCCUGCAUAAAUCAUUACAUUUGCGAGCCAUGUUAAUGUGGCUAACACUAACAUAGCUAACUUUGUAAAAAUAUUUUAACUAUAGCACAAUGUGAGUAAAUUAAUUAAAUCCCAUAUGAGUUUUUUCAUACUCAUCUGCAACCGUUUUCGCUAGUUUUUUUUUUUUUUUUUUUUUACACGUAAACAAUUUUUAAACUGUAUAGCACAUGUCUGGAAAACUUAAUUGAAUCUAGUACACUGUGAAAUUCUUUAAAAAGCACAAACAAUUUCAGAGGAC